UCUCGUGAGCUUCUUUUCCAUGGCGAAUGCAUGCAAAAAGGAAAAACCCUCACCAUUACUCUCUUCUCGAAACCUCCUCUUACUCUUCCCGCUCACUCUUGUCCUAAUCUUCCUCUCAUACCUCUCCCGAACUUCAAUUCCAAACCCAAAUUUCACUAAAGAGCGGAUCUUCAAAACCCCAUUUCCCUUCCGUUCGAUCCAACCUUUCGACUGCUACAAAUGCCCUCAGGGUUACCCGGUGAUUGCUAACGUUGUCGAAGGUGUUCGUUACCCGUUCCUUUACUCUCUUGCUGAUCUCGGCUCCUUACCCGAUAAGCCUCACAAGAACAUCGUUCGAAUGCUUAAAGGGAAGCCUUUCAGAAAGCCUGAUAUUUCUGUGACGAUUCAGGAGGUUCUGGAGAAGUUGAGAGAACAAGGUGGCGGUGGGGAUGGUGGAUACGUCGUCGUCGAUGUGGGUGCAAAUGUGGGAAUGGCGACUUUCGCUGCCGCUGCUAUGGGGUUUAAGGUCUUGGCCUUUGAUCCUGUUUUUGAGAAUCUGCAGAGGAUCUGUGAUGGCGUUUUCCUGAAUCGGGUAUGGGACGUGGUUACUGUGUUUGAGGCUGCCGCUUCGGAUCGGAUCGGGAAUAUCACUUUCCAUAAGUUGGUUGGAAGGCUGGACAACAGUGCGGUUUCUGCCGUAGGUGCAAAGCUGGCAUUCAAGUCCAAUGAGGAGAUUGAGCUUCAGGUGAGGUCUAUUCCUCUUGAUGAAGUGAUCCCAGAAUCACAAGAGGUGGUUUUACUCAAGAUUGAUGUUCAAGGUUGGGAAUAUCAUGUAUUGAGAGGAGCCUCUAAGCUGUUGUCUAGAAAGAGAGGCAAAGCGCCCUACCUAAUAUACGAGGAAGACGAACGCUUGCUGCAAGCUAGCAAUAGCAGUGCCAAAGAGAUUCGGGAGUUUCUUGGUAGCAUGGGUUAUCACCAGUGCACUCAGCAUGGUACAGAUGCUCACUGCACCAAGUAAAAUGGAGGAGCUUUUCAAAUCAGACUAACUUGUAUCAUGAACAAUUUUUCCACUUCCUGUCUAGGAGUGAAAUGACAUGGAGUGUGACAUUAUGCUAUUAAAUACUUGAUGCUGGAAGGCAGGAUCUGUUGAGGAGAGGGUCAGAUGAACUGGUGAAGUUACUUAAUUUUCUACGAGGUAGUUUACGCAGUAUUGAAGGUACGUAUCUCCGUGUUCAGCUUUUCAUCAGCAUGAAAAACUAAUUCAGGUACAAGGUCCUAAAAGGAUCUAGUAUACAAGCAGAUGAUAUAUUUGUAUCCAG